AUGUCCAUGUUGUCGUGCCGUGUGUUGUGUCUGUUAGCCAUUGUGCUCUGCUGUGUGGGUGUGGCUCAUGCUGCUGCUGCUGCUGCUUCUCUUCCAUCACAUGUGAUGGAAAUUGUUGAUCAGGCAAAGAAGUUGGCGGAAGGGACCAAGGAACUAAAAGAAAAGUGCGUGAAAGCUGGCGAGGCUGCUCGACAGGCCGGGGAAGAAGCUCAUGUAUUUGCUCAUGAAACUAAGACUAAUCUCGAAACAAUUGCUGCUGACCCCCCAAAAGUGGAGGAAACGAAGAGUAAAGGUCUUAAACUCAUUGAUAAGGUAAUGAAGGUUGCAGAGGAUGCGGAAAAUGUGGCCAAUAAAACGACAGAUAGUGAAAGGGAAACUGACGAGAAAGCCAACCUUGUUUUGUUAUCCGUACCAAAUCCUGAAACACCACCGGAAGAAAUUAAGGGAGUAUUGAAAGAAGUUGAAGAUGCACAAAAAGCGGUACGUGAGGCCGCAGAAGAAAUCGACGCUGCGAAAACUUAUGCUAAUAAAGUGAAGGAUGCCCUGCAGGACCUCGAAGCCGCAGUUGUUGCUGCCAAAGAGAAGAAAGAAAAACAGGUGGAGACUCAGACACAGGAACAGACAAAUGAAACAUCUCUUGAUGAGCAGCAAGGCCAUACAGAAGGAAAUCAGGCGGAGCAAACACAAGAAACUCAGUCUUCUUCUAAUGCUCCUGAUGUUCAUGAAACGUCUGCCAUUCCUCUGCCCACGAAUGCUACAAUAACGAAUGGCACCAAACGAAAUGACGGCAGCAGCAGCCCUGCGUUACUGCGUGUUCCACUCCUGCUGCUGCUGCUGCUCUCUGUGCUGGGCUGCAUGGCCGUGUGCUGA